CUUGCCAUUGUCAGUUUGCUCGUUCCUGUUGCGUGUCCUCAACCUGGCAACCCGUGUGACCUUCGAAUCUGGGGAGGAAGGGGUAGGGGAGACAACCUUCUCCAAUAUUUUGAAUUUGGACUGCAGUACCCAUUUUAAACGCUUGAUGUCAAUGUUACAUAUUGCUCCUUUAAGUGAAAUAUAGUUUUAUUUAUUUGAUGUUAAAGGGAUAUAUAACUCUGGUCCACACUCCAACAUAGUAGGUGCCACCCGCCAUAAAACGGAAAAGGAAGAAGAAGAAGAAGAAGAAGAAGAGGAAGAAGCCCGGAAGUAAAUACAGCUCUGCAGCAGUUCCCGCGCUUGGUGACUUCCACAAACGUGAAGAGCAAAAGCGUGAAACUGGAUUUUAUUUAGCUGGAAUUUCCAAUAUGGAUGACCUGUAUUUAGAAAAUAUUGACGAAUUCGUCAAUGACCAAAAUAAGAUUGUCACCUACAAAUGGCUCAGUUUAACUCUUGGGGUCCAUGUAAACGCAGCCAAACAAAUGUUGUAUCAUUUCUUGGAGCAGAAGCGCAAGGAAUGUUCAGGGACUCCCCUUCACGCCACCUACCUCAUAUCUGGCAAGUGUGUGGAGAAUGGUAGCAUGUGCCAUAAAGUGUCAGUAGUACGCGAGGACAAGCUUGAGGAUGUUAAAGCUAAGAUGGAUGUGACCGUCAGUGUACAUGUGUACAGCGUGCAGAGAGCAGAGCUCAAGGAUAGUGCUCCACUCUACAGUACAGAUUAUGAUGCUGUUAAGGAGAACCUGAAGAACUGCAAUAAGUAUAGUGCUAUACGCUGUGCUGCAGCAGUGCCAAUGUAUUCUACACAGCUCCAGAGAGUUCAGGAGAUGGCUUUGGACAUGCCAGCCCAAAAGGUGAUCAGUAAACCUGGCUUAAAUAAAAACACUUCUGCUACCUCCAAACCAAAUGCAAAACAGCCAGCAGGCCUCAUGGGAAUUUUUGCAAACAAAAAUGCUGCUAAAAGCCAAGAAUCCAGCAAAGUGAAAACAGAGCAGAAAGAUGAAUCCUCUCAAGUUGAAACAUCGAAAACAAAACCAUACUCCAAAGCAAACCCAAUGAGUAACUUUUUUGGAAAGUCUGCUCAAAGUAAGUUUAUUGAAAAACCCAACAAAAACAUCAAAGAAGAAACUGAUGGAGGCUCGACCACAUCUGCUACUGUGAGUAUAAAACAGUCACAGUCUUUCAAAUCUGAGUUUGGCAUUAAGGAGGAACAACCCAAGGUGUCCAACUUUCUGAAGGAUGAAACACAAGAUACUCGCAAUAAAACAAAGCGUCCUGAGCCUUUGUACAGUGAAGAUGAAAAAAUGGAAAGCCAACAAAAGAAGAGACGGAGGAUAAAGAAGCCCCAGGCAGACAGCAGUGAUGAUGAUGACGUUGUUCCAGAUUCUCCACCUCCUGUGCCUAAUGUACAGACUACCAGCCCCAACAUUCAAGUGAAGAGAGAGCCUGUUUCACACCAAGAAGAGAGCUCAGAGGUCAAGAGGAGGAAAAGGAGGCGUGUUUUGAAGUCCCAAACAUUUGUUGAUGAAGAAGGCUCUUUUGUUACUAAGAAGGCUUAUGCAAGUGAGUCUUACUCUGAGAGUGAAGAAGAGUCUGAACCCAACAGUCAAGCCAAGGACUUGAACUCACUCAAGCAGUCAUUUGGAAAAGAAGAGAAAAAAGAAAAGGGUCAGAAGAAGAGCACUGCAGCUAACAAAGAAACCAAACAGCCAUCCAUCAUGGGAUUUUUCCAAAAGAAAUGAAUUUUGUCUUUCAUGGACUUUUAAGAACUUCUCUUUCAGUGACCUACUCGCAUUGUUUCCCAUGAACCACAGAUGAUGUUGUAAGCAUGAUAUGUCAUCUUUUUCACUAAAAGGCUCUCCAGAGACAAGACGAGAGUGGAUUUCUGCUUAUACGUGAAAAAACGUAUGUGUUGAUUCUUCACCCAACUUCACAUGCUGGAAUUUUGUCCUGGGCCUGUUGUGAUUGUCUGUUGUAGUCUGUAAAUGUAGUGGUCCUGCCGAGCUAGCAGAUGUCUUUAAAAUAAGUCAGUCUGCAAUUGGUGAAUCAUUGACACUUCACAAUGUUUCUGUAAUGAUCAUAAUCAUACUCACCGGGAAACAGUCUUUCCUCACAAAUUUGUGUUACAUAAGCGCUUUGUGGAAUCAAUAUUCAGAAGAUUGUAAAAAAAAAAUAAAUAAAAAAAAAAACAAUUGAACACUUAUGACCAUUUUUAAAAUGUUUCUGGAAAAUAAAUCAAACAUCAUCAUAAUUUGCCUCUUGCUUGUAACAGAUAUUCUAUAAAUGUUUGAAAUUGCAUGCCAGUUUGUUUAGCCAGGAACUCAGGAUUUUUUCUGGCUUUCAUUAGUUAAGCCAAGCCAAUCAAUUUAAAAAAUAAAAUAUAAUAUAAAAUGU